AUGCUCAUAUCACUACUACGAAGACAAUCUAAUUUAAAUAGCUUUAGAUCAUCAUAUUUUUCAUUAUUACUACGACGAAGCUCAUCAAAAUCUUCAACUGCAUUUUUUCAUGAGAAUCCAAUAAGUAGAACCGAUGCCAUUACUAACAAUGAUUUUAAUCCAAACUUGAAAUUUAAGCAUUAUUAUGAUAGUCAAAAUUGUUUUAUUAACCCAUGUUCUCAUUACAAUAAGCAUACAGUAGCGAGACCCAAAAAGAUUGAACAAUUUUAUACUCCUCCCCAAAACUUUCAGGAUAUCAUUGAUCAAAACGAAAAUAAUAUCCCAGUAGAAGGAUCAUUUGUUGAGAUAACUAGACCAGAUUUUAAACCUAGAAUAGGUUUGGUAGUUAGACAAGCACUCUCGAGAUUUGAUGCAAGAUAUAAUAAAUUACAAGUGUUGACAAGUGAUAACGAGUUGAUAGACGUCUCGGCAUCGGAAGUCAAUUUCCAUUUACACCAAAUGAUCCCUCAUGACUUUAUCAGUUGCCAACAGAUUGUGACAUCUAGGCACAAUAAGAAGUGUAAGGAAAGAAUACGGGCUAUUGAAUUUCUUGACAGUUUUAUCAAUGAUGUUGUUGAUCUCAAAACAUGCAUGGAACCAAUGUUUGAUCGAAUAUAUGCACAAGUAUCUACAAAUUCAAUAAGCCAUGUGACAUUAGUUGACAUAAUAGAUGCCAUAAAGUACCAAGAAACUUUGGUUAUAAAAAUUGGCCUGUCAUUUUACAAUCAAUGUGUUUUAUUGUUUAGCAUUCACUGGUGUUUGGUUAGCUCCCCCAAAUGGAUUGUACCUAAUUAUUUUGCCAAUAAUAAAUUGACAAAUGUAUUACAAGGACAUUCAAACAAUUUUCAUACUAGAGCUAGUUAUUUUGUGACUCCAGGUAACAUAUCGGUAUCUAUAUCAAAGUUCAUGCGGUAUAUGAAAAAUCCGGAUUCUCAUGAAAUAAUAGAAAAGUUUUUGGCCCAACUCAAAACCAGAAAUGGAGAUGAACUUUCCCAUUUUUUACAAGUUUAUGAUGGUAGGCACUUGGCUUAUAUACUCGAAGUUAUCAAGUUUGCUAUUGUCUAUCCACAUGAUUCGAUAAUCAAACAAUUAAAUAAAUUAGCAUCUUUUAAAAACUGCAGUACACCAAAUGAUUUAUACAAUAAGCUUUUGGAUUUAAAUAUUUAUGACAAAUCAACUGAUGUGGUAUUGUCGCUGGGGAUAGUGGGAAGUUCGGAUAGAAUAAAUGUAUCAAGUGCUGAUCAAUUGCAAAUAGAGAACCUAUGGAGUGGAGAAAAUGGUGAUUUAUUCAGACAUUUACGAACCAAAAAGAAAUAUUACCGUGAUCACAUAAUUUAUGGGUUACCACUUGACGAUAACGAAACUUGUUCGAGAUUUGCCAUAUCUUUGGAAACUAUAAAUUCCAGAAAAUAUAUCUUAAAUAUUCAUAUUCCUGAUAUCACUACUGUUUUACCCCCUGGUGAUUUUAUGAUGGAGAACAUGUUCGAUAAGUUUACUGAACUAUCAAAUAAGUUUAGCAACAGUUUUCAGUCUAACUUAUUUUCAAAUAGAUUUGAAGAAUCGAAAAGAUUCCAUAAAUAUGAAACUGUGGAUUCAGAGAAUUUGUGGGAUGACGAGUUGUUACAGAACAGUAAAUCACAACGAAAUCCAUCGAAAGUCACAUGUAUGACUAUCUCAUUCCAGUUUAAUUCUUACGAGCCAGAACCAUUCAAAUAUUUUGAGAAUAAAAUAUCAGUAAGUUUUGAUUCAAUCUCAAAUUUAAAUGUCAAGAUCCUUGAUAAAGAACUUUUGGAGAAAUGUUUAUCAGGAAAGUUAGAAACGUCACUUUUCAAAUUGUUAAGACGAAACCAAACUCAGGGGUUUUCUGACAGACCACAUUUGAACAAAGGAGAUAUUCAUAAUAUCAAUUACAUUAAUGGUAUCAUGAAAACAUUUUUUAAAAUGCGAGAGCAUUCAGGGGCAGCGGUAAUCAAACCUCAACAAGAGUCAUUGGUUUCAAGCAGUUCAAAUUUCCUUUCAAAAAUAGGGGCUGAUAAACCUCGCCUUUAUUCCCAUAGUGAUUUUAUAUUACGUGAACUACAGAUUUUCACUGGAGCGUUAGUAGCUGAAUAUUGCACCCAACACAGAAUUCCAGCUAUGUUUCAUUGUCAAGACGUAGAACCAACUGUAUACGAUCUGGAUAAGGUCAUGGUCACACACGACAAUAUAAUGAUUCCGCCAUAUGAUUCAGAAAAUUAUCAUCACAGUAUUCUUGCCAAAGAUUCCGAUGGAUAUAUAUCAUUACAAGCAAGUUUUGUAUCCAAGAAUUAUCUUUCGCCUGAAAACGUUAUUGCGGGCCCAGGAAAUAAUAAUCUCCUAUUGGGGUUAAAAAACGGGUAUAUCAAUAUUGUUGAUGUCUUCACCAAAAAAGAGGCUAUAAUAAAUCAAUAUCAACUUUUAUCUUACCAGCAAGCUUUAUUUAGUAGAAAUUUGAGUAUGGAAAAAGGAUAUUUGAAAACUGUACAACAGUUUAACAUUUUGAAAUCUUUAGGGUAUCAAUUACAAGGACCAUUAACAGAGUCUAGAUUGGGAUCUUACAUUGAAGCUUGUCAUCAAAGUCAUGAAAUUUCACUGUUUGUGGGGUCUAUUUUAAGAAAGUAUGUUGUAUUGAAAUGGCUUGAAAAAGCUCAAAUUGAUAUUAAUGAGGGUAAUGGAUUAGAAGUGUUCCAUUGUAUUGUUACAUUAGUUGGUAAAAAGUAUGAUUUGGGUGUCGUGUGUAAAUGUUUUUGUAUGGAAUUGGGCAUUGAAAUUGAUGUGUUGACGGAAAAUUCUGACAUACAUAUUGGUAGCAAAUUGGUUUGUGAUAAAGUUUUGCAAGUAAAUGCAAUUGAUAGGACGUGUUUACUUAGAGAUGAAAAUUACGGAUCAACUUGGUAUUUAUAG